UCCAAGCUGUAUUUCUGGUGUCCAACGUAAAUGAGUGAGAAAAGAAAACGAAAAAACAAGAUAUAACUUUCCCUUUUACCAAACAAAAGAAACGUUACAAACAGCAUAGGAAAGUGGAGACAGUGGACACUCAGGAAUUUCUAUCUUUAUUUUUCUUUUUUGUUCCCUUUUGAUUCAAACUUUGAUCUCCCUCUGCCUCUGCCUUCUCCAAAGCCUCACCUCAGCUUUUCCUCUUCCAACUCUCUUCUAUCUCUUUCUCACUCUCCACAACUAAGAGUGUGUUUCUCAAGGUAUUUUGGCUUUAUUUUGGGUUUGGUUGUCUUUGAGGUAAAGAUCUUCGAUUAAUUGUUAUUGGGUAAUUGAUUAAGUUUGGAUGUGUCUUAACACCCUCGACUAGUUGAUUUUUCUUUUACAGUGGACAGAAUCAUUUUUUCUCCUUUAAUUUCUUGUGUCUAAUUAUAGACUCUACCGGUUUGUUUAAUAGAUGCUCCAUACUGAAAACAUAGUGAAUGAUUGUUUGUUUCUGGUGUUCUGUUGGCUUGUAUUAAAUGUCUUUAAUAGAAGUUUUGUUGCUUGGUGAUAUGGGAGGGAAGGAUGUUUUAGCCCAAUAGUAGUAGUGUGAUUAUAAAUAAGAAAGGGAACUGUUCUGGAUUUUUUUUCUUCAAAAAUUUUCUGUGAUUGUUUUUUGAGUUUUGGAAAGAGAGAAGAGCAAGAAGACCCUAUUUGGUUAUUGUGGAGAUCUGGGACUUGUUUAAUCUGUUAUGCCCGAUGAGGACUUUCUUUCCCUCUGAUUCAUGUAAAGAGUCACAGCUUAAUGCUAUUAACCCUCAGUCUUGGCUCCAAGUUGAAAGAGGGAAGCUUUCCAAAUUAUCUUCUUCCCAUACCAAUUCUUCAUCCAUAGAAUCAUUUAUCAAGGUUCCUGAGCCACCGAUAUUGCCCUUCUUUAAACCUAUUGACUACGUAGAGGUUUUAGCUCAAAUUCAUGAAGAGAUGGAGUCAUGUUCUCCUCAAGAGAGGUCGACUCUUUAUUUAUUACAAUUUCAGAUCUUUAGGGGCCUUGGAGAAACCAAAUUGAUGCGAAGAAGCCUCCGCUCUGCUUGGCAGAGGGCUGGCACUGUCCAUGAGAAGCUUGUUUUUGGGGCAUGGUUAAGGUAUGAAAAGCAAGGAGAAGAACUUAUUGCUGACUUGCUUGCGACUUGCAAUAAGUGCGCACAAGAGUUUGGGCCAGUAGAUGUUUCUCAGCUUCAAGUCGAGGUGAAUGGCUGUUCGAAGGAGACUGUUGCGAUGAAUGGGGACAAGAGCCUGAAAAAUGUGAACUUUAAGAUUGGUGAUGAGAUAAUAGUUUGUGAUAGGCAGAAGAUUGCUUCUCUUUCGGCCCCAUUUCAUGCUAUGCUUAAUGGGUACUUCACUGAGUCGUCUUCUCAGGACAUAGAUUUAUCUGAAAACAAUAUCUCCCCAUUGGGUAUGAGGACAAUUAGUGAGUUCAGCAUCACAGGCAGUUUGAGUGAAGUUCAUCCUGAUCUUUUGUUGGAAAUUCUAGUUUUUUCAAAUAAGUUUUGUUGCGAAAGACUCAAAGAUGCUUGUGAUAGGAAACUUGCAUCUUUGGUUUGCACCAAAGAUGAUGCUGUGGAGUUUAUGGAAUACGCCAUUGAACAGAAUUCCCCUGUCCUGGCAGCAUCAUGUCUGCAAGUUUUCUUACACGAACUGCCUGUUUGUUUGAAUGAUGAACGGGUGGUGGAAAUAUUUAGCCAUGCAGAUAGACAACAGAGAUCAAUCAUGGUUGGACAGGCCUCAUUUUCUCUGUAUUGUUUGUUAAGUGAAGUAGCUAUGAACCUUGAUCCCCGAUCUGAUAAAACUGUUUGUUUCCUAGAACAAUUGAUUGAAUCAGCUGAAACUGAUAGAGAGAAAUUGCUAGCUUUUCAUCAGUUGGGAUGUGUAAGGCUUCUGAGGAAAGAGUAUGAUGUAGCUGAAGGUCUUUUUGAGAAAGCUGUGAGUUUGGGUCAUGUUUACUCCAUUGCUGGUUUGGCUAGACUGGGUUACAUUAAGGGUCAUAAACUCUGUUCUUAUGAGAAGCUGAGCUCCGUGAUUUCUUCUGUUAACCCACUGGGGUGGAUGUAUCAGGAAAGGUCAUUAUACUGUGAAGGUGAUAAAAGGUCAGAAGACCUUGAGAAAGCAACCGAACUUGACCCAACUCUCACAUACCCCUAUAUGUAUCGGGCUGCUUCCCUAAUGAUGAAACAGAAUGUUCAAGCUGCUCUUGCUGAGAUCAACCGUGUUCUUGGGUUUAAACUUGCAUUAGAAUGCAUGGAACUCCGAUUUUGUCUUUAUUUAGCUAUUGAGGAUUACAAAGCAGCCAUUCGUGAUGUUCAGGCAAUUCUAACACUUUCCCCAGAUUACAGAAUGUUUGAGGGACGAGUGGCAGCAUCCCAUCUCCGUACGCUUGUGCGUGAGCAUGUUGGCAGUUGGACAACUGCAGAUUGUUGGAUGCAGUUGUAUGAUAGGUGGUCUUCUGUUGAUGAUAUUGGAUCUCUCUCCGUAAUCUAUCAGAUGCUUGAAUCUGGUGGGGCAAAAGGUGUUUUAUACUUCAGACAAUCAUUGCUUCUCCUCAGGUUGAAUUGUCCUGAUGCGGCUAUGCGAAGUUUAGAAUUAGCUCGUAGACAUGCAUCCAGUGAGCAUGAACGCCUGGUUUACGAGGGAUGGAUCCUAUAUGAUACUGGUCACUGUGAGGAAGGGCUUCGAAAGGCAGAAGAGUCUAUUAAAAUUAGUAGAUCCUUUGAGGCGUUCUUCCUUAAAGCGUAUGCAUUGGCUGACUCUAGUCUCGAUUCAUCUUGUUCUUCAACGGUUAUUUCACUGCUUGAAAAUGCCUUGAAAUGCCCCUCAGAUAAUCUUCGGAAAGGUCAAGCUCUUAAUAAUCUUGGAAGUGUCUUGGUUGAUUGUGGGAAAUUAGACUCAGCAGCCGACUGCUACAUUAAUGCCCUUAAAAUUCGUCACACGAGAGCCCAUCAAGGCCUUGCACGUGUCCAUUUUCUCAAAAAUGAUAAGGCCACCGCAUAUGUUGAAAUGACCAAACUUAUUGAAAAGGCUAAAAAUAAUGCAUCCGCAUAUGAGAAGAGGUCCGAGUACUGUGACCGUGACCUCACAAAGGCAGAUCUUGAGAUGGUCACUCGAAUAGAUCCACUCAGGGUAUAUCCUUACCGGUAUCGAGCUGCAGUGUUAAUGGAUAGCCGCAAGGAGAAGGAAGCCAUUGCAGAACUGUCAAGGGCAAUUGCAUUUAAAGCAGACCUUCACCUUCUACACCUACGAGCUGCCUUCCAUGAGCAUGUUGGUGAUGUCUUGGCUGCCCUUCGAGAUUGUCGAGCAGCUCUCUCUGUUGAUCCUAACCAUCAAGAAAUGUUGGAACUUCACAGCCGUGUCAACAGCCAUGAACCAUGAAUCUCACUCUUGUUUUUUUUGGAUAAAAUGCGAAAGGGAAAAAAAUGGAAAUUAUAACUUAUAUAUGGAAAAAAGCAUGGUAGGGGGAAGAGAUUUUGAAUUGAAUGAUAUCAUUAGUAGUUAUUAUCAUCAUCAUAACAUGAUAUGUUACCUUUGUAAUUUAUCCUGUAAGAAUUUUUGGUCAAUGCCAUGUUAAUCUUCUUCUGCCAAAAAAUCAAAAGGCUUACAAUUUGACGCGUUAA